UCCUUCACAACACGACGUAUCUUUUUUGAAACCGGAAAUCAAUCUGCUUUGGUAGCAACGAAGCUGCAAGCGUCUGAAGAACAAUCCCUCCGGUUUUGCUAGUUUACUCUUCACAAGAAAGAUGCUGUCCAUAUUCAAGUCCAUUCCCUCGCACAUGGAUUAUAAAGGCCAGAAACUGGCUGAACAGAUUUUCCAAGGAGUAAUACUCAUCUCAGCGGUGAUUGGUUUCGUGUAUGGUCUGAUCAUUGAACAGUUUGGGUGGACGGUGUAUAUCGUCUUGGCUGGCUUUGUUGUGUCUUGUGUGUUGACGCUGCCUCCAUGGCCCAUGUACAGAAAGAAUCCUCUUUCCUGGCAGCCAAUUAUACCAGAGAUCAACCCGGAGCCCACCCAAAAGCCUCAGGAGACUCUCAAGAAGAAGAAACACAAAUAACUCAUCGGUCCCUGCUUCCAGCUGUUGUUACAUCCUGAUAAUACAUCCUUUUGCCACAGUUAACAGUUGAGAAAUAAAAGUCAGUCUUUGAUUACUUGUCAAAAUAAUAAACAUCUGAUUCUGUUUUAUAAA